CAAACCAUUGGAAUUAAGAGUAAUACGGCUGCGCCAAAAAAACAGGCAUUUCUAUUGAUGCACCCCUUACAGGACACCAUUUUUGUUGUAAAAUGUUGAUGUUAAAACUGUCAAAGCGUUCAGUACUAGCAAUCAAAGUUCCCGAAAUGUGUCAGACCAUACAUGGAAAGUAUUGACAUUUGAUUGAUGAAAAAAUGGAAAUAAUUUUAUUGGUCUGAUAAAGUCUUGCUUCCAGACCGCGGUUCCGUAAAAUUGUGUUUGCAAGCUUUACUUACAAAUUCCGAAAGUCAUCUACGAUGUUUCAUUGACUACAUAAUAUUGUGUGAUAAACUCACGGAGAACACCUACCGAUUACUUGGUAUCAGUUCAAGAUCAAUAGCAAUUAGAAUCUGUCAAAACAAUUGUAGGAAAUGAUGUAUUAGUUUUAAUCUAUUGUUAAAAUAUUCAUUUAAUGCGCCGAUGCAAAUAAAAACAAAUAACGAGUGAGAGAUGUUGUUUUGGCUCCAUGCUCUUGUUCACUCAAUGAAUGUGGCGUGGACGGACUGUAAGGAGGUUACUCUCUGAUUUCUUAUUUAUGCAAUGGACAGGAAUCUCAACUAGAUGAUAUGAAUAUUAUUGAAUUCAGGAAUAAAACUUUCUAAACAUUACAUUAAAUGAAUUUUACUUAUCAUUCCUUUCCAAAGGGAAUUCGUGUUCAGAAAGUAGUUCGUGUUAUAAUGUUUGAUUUAAAACGGAUUUGUAAAUUGUUUAUUGUUUAUAUGUUUAUUUCUGUCUACGUUUUACAAAGCCAUGAUAUUCACAAUUUCUUCAACCAUGUCCUAGAAGGUGUAGUGUGUUAUAAACAUAUUCUUUCUGUCAGCUACUCUGAAUGUCUCAGAAUAUUUGAAAGUGGUAAAUAUGGCGUGAACGUUAUGGGGUAUAAGAGAAAUUUUUUACUGUGCAGUUUAUGCUAUACCUCAAACAUACCGGCGAGGAAAAAAGUGCCUGGAAAUGUACUCGCCUGUUUUCAUUUAACAGAAACAGAUACAGUACGUGAAAAUUUAGCACAAGGAAAGCCAGCUUCGCAAUGCUCCACAUACUCCAUUGAUGGUAAAGGCAACGCCACGUCUGAUCUUGCUGUUGAUGGUUUUUGGGAAGCAAACAUGACACUAUACUCUGACUCUUUUAUGUGUACACACACUAGUAUACAACAUCAAUCGUGCCUUGGUGAAUCUUGGUGGAUGGUAGACUUGGAACAAAUAUACCCAGUUUCAGAAGUCGUCAUCUUGAAUAGAGGGGACUGUUGCUGGGACCGGCUACACAAUAUCAGUGUCACUGUUGGAGAAACAUACCAGGACAUGUGUAUGUGUGGAGAAUUUGAGGGACCUGGUAGAGCAGGAGAAAUCGUUAACAUCACAUGUGUGACACCAUUAAUUGGACAAUACGUGCGAAUAAGUAAACCCACUCCGUAUUCGCUAACACUCUGUGAAGUGGCAGUUUACCGCUAAGACUGUCUAAUCAAGUCAAUCUGAAGCGUUAAAGUGUGGAUAAUAGGAAAUAUAAAAUGUAUCUCGAUGAAGGUUAAAUUAGAAAAUGAGAGUAUUAUAGUUGAUAGAGAUUUUAUUUUUGUAAAUGGAAACAAUAUCUUAAUUCACUGUGCAUCUAGUAAAAUAUUCCGGCAAGCAUUUUGAAAGGUUAAUACCAUUAUUCAAACUGAUACUGGCGCUUUUAUCACGAUAUUUCUCUAUGACUGAAGUUGGGAAAUUACAAAGAGCAUGUCGAAACACCGGAUCAAUGUACUGAAAAUGAUGUAGUAGUGUGCCUUUCCUUAAAAAGCUGUGUAGUACGUUUUUUCAAUCAGUCAAUGUAUCUAAGAUACCUGGCGCCUUCAUCAAUCAAACAUCUUGCAGCAGCAAUUUUCUUUGACGUAAUUGCUGUUUUGGGCCUGCCAGGACGAACCCUGUCUUUAAGGACUCCUAACCAUUUUUCGGCGACGCCGUCUAAAUUCGUUUUCGUUUUCCUAUGCCACGUGACUUCAGUUUGCCAAUCAAACUACUUGAUAACGCAUUAUAGAUAAUUUAUCAAAACGGAAGAUUUAUGCAACACUCUGCCUGAUUGGACGAGAGUGUCAAUUUCUUUCACUCUGUUGACUGUGCUACGCUGAGUGAAAUGUAGACAAAGCGUUUAUCCUAAAAACGCUGCUCACAGUUUGAAAGUCAACUUUGGCUCAGUAUAUUUAGCAAGAAUAUUGAUAUAUCUCAAAAUAAUAAGUAAGUUUAAUAAAUAUGAUAAAAACCUGUUCAAAUACCAACAUAUAUCAAAUUAAAGAAAGAGCUGAAUACGGUCUGCGUAUCACAUGAAUAAGGGUGUGAUAAGAGUCUUUUAUGUAGAGAAGUGCUUUUUAAAAGAUUUUCCUUGUUACAAUUGUCGUCUGUAUAUGAAAAGGUUUCUUGCUUUUUUGACUUAUUCAGUUUGCAUAUUAAAAUGAGUACUUGUUUGCUUUGAUAUAUUUGUUACAAAUUAUUUAACUGAUUUGUUAUAUAUGAUUUUUUUUUUAGUAUUGUAUGCAAGUAUUGAACUCAUUUGAAAUCUGUUUCAUUAUAUAUAUGCUAUAUAAUGACUGAAUCUCAUUUUACACUGAAAUGAAGGUACGUUGCAUACAGUUUAUCUAUGUGAUAUAACUACGGUCAAACUUUGCUUAUGCGGUCAAAAUUUGCUUAUGAAACAGAAAUAUUGAAAUAAUAACAAUUGUAUGUUUUGCUUGAACUUCACUUUUUAUAGGUGUGACGUCAUUGUCCAAAGAUUUACGAAUAGCGAAUAUGCAUUUGUUAAAGCGGGAUCAGUUGGCCUAUUUUAGAAAUAAAUAAAAUAAUAAAUAAAAAAAUCCUUUAAUUGAUUUUUUCUCAUAUAUUCUAAUCAAACUUGAUUUGUAGCAUCUUUAUUAGGCCGGCAGCCAACUUUGUUCAGCUGGGACAUUUGACCCCUUUUAGGGGCUGCUAGAGCUAAAACUAGAAAUGCCUUUAUACAGCGUCUCAUGAACAGCUUGGUGGAUCUUUGUCAUACUUGGUCUGGAGCAUCAUUAUAAGGUCCUCUUCCAAAUUUAUUUAUAUAGGAACUUGGGCCCUAUUAGGGACCACUAUAGCUAAAAGUAGAUAUGCCUUUCUUCGCAUUAACCACUAAAAUGUAAUGGAUUUUUAUCAAACUCGAUGUGUAACAAUAUCGUAAGGUCUCCUGCUAUUUUGUUACAAAUGGGGAUAGGGACCAAUUUAGCUAAAAAUAUAAACACGUUUAAUAACCUCUUCUCAUGAACCGCUUUAUGAAUCUUCAUCGAACUACUGCUGUAAUUAUUCGUCUAAGGAUAAACGAAACAAAAUUGCAACCCUACGAAACCUUUGCGAAAAAUUAAAAGAGAACUAUUUAAAUUGUUAAAGUGCGGUGUUUAGUUUUGCAAUUUGAAAAAUGUUAGAUGAAAGAUGAAUGUUAGAUGAAAAAUUUAUAAACUUCUUUCCUUAUUACAAUUCGCCGACCAUCAUUUUUAAAGAUAUUUCUUGUUAAAUUUACGUUCCCACCUGUAAACAGUUUUCUCUGAUACUGCAUGUUUCCCAUAUGAUGAAUACAGUUCACUGAAUAUCUGCAUUGCAGGUAUUUCUAAAGAACAACGUACUUUAAUGUACACUCUAAUUUCGGCUUUAGCUACAUGUAUUUUGCUUAGUGAUACAAAAGUAAAUAUCUCCGAAACGGAUAUUUAUAUAUGUUUUCUUAUUAGGCGUAAAAAAACAUUGUUUGUUUCGUGUAACAUGCUAAAAAUAGGGUAGGUAGGUCAGUAUUUUUUUUUAUCAAGUUGGACAUUUCGGAAAUUAUUUUCGUCAAAUAAUGAAUACAAAUUAGGAGAGUAUGCCUUUAGAGCAGCAGUAAGUUGAUUUCUAACAUCUAUGACCAUGUUUAAAGCAUAAAAAGUGCAGUUUUGCAACUUUCUGUUAAAGAGUUGAAAUAAAUUCUCCAAUGCCGUAAAAGCAUUUAGGGUCUGGCCAAAAAUUUAGGGUAGGUCGGGAUACCGAAAACAAACAAUUUUUACGCCUGAUGUAAGUUAAACCUACUUUUCGCAUGUGUCUCAUUUUAUUCAAUAGCUACAAAUGAUUGUCUAUGUGGAAUAUGCUUUUAAAUUAUAUUUUUAUUGUCAUUUUAAUAAAGAAUACCAUAGUUGCUUUCAAAUUAUAUUUUUACAAAAAAUACCAUAGUUGUUACAUCGAUAUACGUGUGUGAACAUUAGUUUGUAAGAAAAGCUAUUUAAUUACCUUACCUUUAGAAGCUUUAUAUACAUGGUACAUAAAAUAUGUGACACUUUAUGUAAAAGUUUGAAACAGACAUAUAGCAAUUAAUUUGAAAUUUUAAAAGACCACCACGUAUUAUAACUUAAUAUAUCUGUUGUCAAAAAUGUACCUAACAAUUGCUGUUUCCCUAUACAAUAUUCAUGAUCAGUCCUUUUUAAGACUCAUGAAACUUCCUGCAAUCUCAUUUUGUUAGUGAAACAAUAUUAAUUUUGUCGGUGAAAACAACUGCAACUUUACAUAAUAAAUGAGGAGAAAUAUCGAUUUCAUUUGACUCCAUUGUAUACACUAGAAUAAUAAAGCGAUGUGGUUUAUUGUUGAAAAAUCAAUUUGAUAAUGUCAGUCCGAAGCUUUCAUUAAAAUAUAAAUACCACAACUGUAAUAUGAACCACAAAUCAAUACAAAAAAUCAUAAGUGUUUGCAAAUAAAUUUUAAGGAUUGUCAAUAAGCAACUCCAGAACAUUCUUGAUUGGGUAAUAGAAAAGGGAUAUCAGCUGGAAAAUCUUUAUGAUAUAUAGAAAAUAAUAAUUUUCCGUUUUUCAAUCUUUUUGAUCUCUGACCAUCAUGAGCAAGCCAUAUAUUCAUAUUUGACAUUUUGCCUGUGUUUUGCUUUGUUUUGAGAUGUAAGGUUUCUGUUGCUAUUGCGUAUAUAAGGGUUUCACUGGCGAAGAUAAGUUUUAUUUACACUGUCCUGUGACUUUGGUAGAGGUAAGAAUGAGGUUAGGUGCACCAUAAACCGGUUCAAGCUCCCCAGUGGUGGUUUUGCCACUGACCGUUCUAAGGUGGUGCUCCACUGUAUUCCUUUACUUGUUCGUUUUGUUCUAGUAUGUUUGCUUUGUGAGUCAGUGUGUUGGUGUGUUUGCUUUGUGUGAGAGUGUGUGUGAGUGGUCGUGUGCGCGUGCGCGUGCGCUUGCUGGGUUAAUGUUUGGGGAGGCUUCGUUUUUGGAACGUGGCUUUCCCUGUUGGAUAUUUAUCUUUGUGUUUUAAUAUAAAUAAAAACAAUGGGAUUACAUUGUAUCAAACUAGUAUUUCUUAA